CCCGGAAGUUAGUGAAGCGGGAAAUUGGAAUACGUAAACAAGCUUGUCGACUGAUAUUAACCAAAAUGAUGAAAAAAGCACCUAAAUUAAAAAAUACAAUAAGAGCGAAAGCAAAAGGCAACGUUAACGUCGGGCCGGCGUCAGAGGCGAUGAUUGAACUGCUGACGGUGCUGUUUUUGAACAGUCUUGCUGAAGAGGCAAGGGCCAAAGCGUUUGAAGAAAAAUCUGUAACUAUCAGAGCUCAGCAUGUCAAAGCAGUUUCUAAGACAGUGCUGAAAAAGGCAAGAGGAUGAAGCUACCAAGAACGUCUAUUAUUUUAGACACAUCCUUUUCUUGUUCUGUUUUCUUCUAAAAUAUGUUUUGUAAUUUUUUUCAUUAAGAAAACUCUGCAUCA